UGAGGCUGAAGCUGAUGAGGAUGAUGAGGGAUGGUGAGGGUGAUGAUGGUGAGAACAGUGAGGAUGGUGAGGCUGGGGCUGAUGAGGACUCACUGUCUGUCCCCAUUGCAGGUGUUCCGGGUGGAGGUGCUGUGCAAUGGCCGGCGGCACACAGUGACCAAGCGCUACAGCGAGUUCCAGGCACUGCACAAGCAGAUCAAGAAGACCUGCAAGGUCCCUGACUUCCCCACACGCCAUGUCCCCAACUGGAUGCCCAAAGUGCUGGAGCAGCGCCGGCAGGCCCUGGAGGUCUACCUGCAGGGUGUGCUGUACCACAAUGAGGAGCUACCCCAGGACAUCCUGGACUUCCUGAAGGUGCGGCGGUGCCAGCAGAGCCCCAAGGCCAGCAGCCCCCCCAGCACCAGACUCCUGCCCUCCCAGCGCCCCAUUGUAGGCUUCUGCUGGGAUCCCUAUGUGCAGCCACAUGGCACCGAGCUGCUCCCCAACACCAUCCUCAGCGGGGUCCUGCAGGGCCUCUACCUCCCCUUGAGCUGUGUCCCCAGCCAGGCAGCACCCCGAGCCUCUGGAAUGAUGAGUUCUACCCAGGACCCAGGGAUGCAGUGGUGAUAGAAAAGGAUCCUUGUGGUGAAACUCACUCCUUCCUGCUGGGCUUGGGGCAGGGAAAUGGUGGGAGAAGCCAAAGGGAUGUUGGGAACUGCUCUC